UGAAACCCGUCCAUUUUUUUAAUCACUCUCCACAAGCGACAUGUCGACCGCUUAAACGUCGCAGAGAGACAAAUCAAGUUUAUAUUAAACUUGACAUCAUAGUAUUAUUAAUAAAAUAGUGACACAGACUAUGGGAUACCAUGGACGACCAAGCGGAAAGACUCAAGAAAUUAAAAGCUGGCAAAGAGAAACUUGCAGCUUUUCAGAAGAAGAAAAUAAAGAAAAAGAAGAAGAACGAGGUGAAUAGCGAAGGUGUUAGUGGUGUAGAGGAAGAAUGUUUGAAAGAAAGUCCGAAUGUGAGCCACAGUGAGGAGCAGCUCUUAGCAGCUGCUCCCACUACCUCCGUCCAUACAGAUGAAGAUGUACUGCCAACAGACAGUUCUGUGCUUCCAUCUCCAGUCUUUGACACAUCAACAACAACAACAUUGGGUCUCUCUCAGAGUGAUAUUGCCGGUGCGAGUGGAGACCAUGAAUCUUCGUUAGAGGAGCCUGAACGCCAGCAGCUGUUUGAAACUGCUCAGCUGGAGUUGCGGGAGGCGAGCAGCAAAAUCUGCAAACUGGAAGAAUCUGUCAUUGGCAAACAGAAGGCUGUCGAGAGACUGGUGGCUGAGAUAAACUCUUUAAGGGCAGAAAAUGAGAUGCUGAAACAAUCUUUAGGAAAUGGUCCUUCACAAGAUCUGAAUGCUCUUGAUCCUGCCAGCAAAUUUGAACCUGGACAUCAACGAGACUUGACCCUACGGAUUCAGGAACUCGAAAAUGCUAUCCUAAAGCGAGAUGAACUUCUGCGCCAGCUGACGUCACGCUUGCAGAUGUCAUUUCAAGAGAAUACCGAGAGAGGAUUGCAGCAGGCCUGCUCAGUUGAAACCCAAAAAUUGGCGCAGCAUGUCCAGUUAUUACAACUACAAUUGCAACAGGCUGGUGAAAAGCUGAAUGGACAGAUGAAACAACACUCGGUGUCAUCACAAGCUUUACAAGAUGCCAAAUGUGAAAUUCUUAAUCUUCACCAGCGGAUCCAACAGAAAGACGAAAUGAUGUCACAGCUGACUCAAAAGUUGUCUCAAGUGAAUAACAAUUAUGCUAGUCUACAGUCCACGAUGGCCUUAUCUGAUCAACAAUCUACAGACUACAACCAGCUGUUGACUGAACUCAACAUCUUGCACGAACAGUCGAACACUCUGUCACUUCACCUCAACGAAGAGAAGGCAAAGAAUUCCCAACUUGAAAAACGUCUAAUGCAAGUUCUUCAACCAAAUGUUAAUGAAAGUGCUAGCAGUGGAAGCCACUUGGAGUCUACAGCAGAAGGAACUGUCGCAGAAAUGGAAUUGACCUCAGAGAAUUUACCGGAAUAUUUUCCUAGAAAGCAACUUGAAGAAUUUCACAGACUAAUUGAAAAAUGUAUAUUUUUGUAUCAAUCAAGUGAUAACACUAGUGACAAUAGUACUGCUACUACUACUACUAGUAGUAAUAGUAGUAGUAGUAGUAGUUGUGAAGAAUUAAACCGGUUACUCUUAAAGAUCACUUGCAUCACUCAGGUGUUCUUGAAGAACAUUAAAACUGACUCCUUCCAGCGGUCAGAUCUGGAUCGCGAUUUUGCUUGUCAAGUAAAUUUAGGAGAACCCUUUGAGUUGGCUUCUAACAACAGUGAAAUACCAUCUCCAAAUGCAGUUGCCAUAAAUGAGAACUUGGGAGCAAACUCAGUGUUGGCAGAAAAUAAGGAACUUUUGUCGAAUGCUGAGACUCUUCAACUGAAGAUUGAAGACUUGUCUGCUGAAAACAAGCUCCUCUCGGAGGAAGUUUUCCAAACAAAGACCAAAUUUGAUUCUUUGUUGGCUGUGAAAGAAGAGCUUGACGAGAAAUGCCAGGCGUCGGAAAGUAAAACAAGCGAGCUGAUUACCAAACUGGAACACUAUGAGACUGAAAUAAACUCUCUUCAAGAGAAGAAUUCAAAUUUAACUGCUUGCCUGAAAGAUCUUGAAGUUUCUUUUGGUUCGGUAAAAGAAUCAGAAAUGUCUUUGACACAGAAUGUAGCAGUUUUGAAAAGUGAGAAAGAAGCACUAAAUGCAUGUCUGCAGGAGAAGGACAGAGAUGUUCAAGACUUGACCGAACGGCUGGAGUCCAGUCACCAAGAGAUAAUGAACUUGGAGAACAUGCGUCGAACACUGGAACAAGAACUGUCAGUGUCUCGACAGGAAACUGUAGACUUCAAUGAUAAGCUCAAUAGACAUGGCACUGAAGCAGAAGAACAGAAGCAGAACGAGCUCAAUCUCCUUGAAAAAUUGGCAUCCUCCCAAGAAGAAAUUACUGCAUUGCAGCAGCAGAUGGCAUCCAUGGAAGAUGAGAAAAAAGAAACAUUGAAACUUGCUGCCAUGGAAGUGGUGGAACUUAAUGAAGACAUUGCUGCAUUACGGAACCAAAUUGCUGAGCUGGAAGAGAAUAAUUCUCAACAGAUGAAGAAAAUGGCUGACCAGCAUACCCAUUUAGAAGAAGUGAACCUUCAAGUUUCUGAGUUGAGUGCAAGAUUCGAGGAAACUAAACUGACCAAUCAAUCAUUAACAAGAGAGAAAGACACACUCAACCAAUGGAAUGCCUCGUUAGGAGAGCAGUUUUCGAAAAUUGCUUCCCUUGUCAAAUUGGUGAUUGGAGAAGAUACUGAGGGAUUGAACUUGAGCACCAUGUCAAAUGAUGAAGAUUUGGUAAAAGUUGAGGCAGUUGUCAAUGAAAUGUCUUCAAAGGUGACAAAACACAAAGAGAACUUACUUCGGCUAGAGUCAGAGAAUAAAUCUUUGGCUGAAUUUCGCAUUCAUGAGAAAGAGGAGGCCGAUAAGAUAAUGAACGAAAGAGCUAACGAGAUUUCUCUGUACCAGGAAACGGUCAGUGCUUUGGAGGCAGAAAAGCAAUCAUUGAGUCAAAAUUUGGUAGCAGCUGGGAAUAAUUGCAAAGCUAAAGAUUUGGAGGUUGAGAGGCUGAAGUGUGUAGUUGAGUCACUACAGGUGACUGAAUCAACAAAGGAACGUUUUGCUGAAAUGGAUACACUCUUGGUUCAGCGCCAGCAAGAAGUCAGCCAACUGACUGAAGAAUUGACCAGCUUAAAACAGAGCAGUUCAAAAGAUCUUGCAACUUUGAGAAAGAGUAUUGAGGAAUUUGAAGGAAAAGUUCAGGGAAAAGAUGAAUGUGUUAGAAAUUUGACACACCAGCUUGACGAAGAAAAGGAAUUGGCGAUUCGUUUGACUCAGCAGCUUGAAGAGGAGAAAGAAUUGGCGAUUCGUUUGACACAACAGCUUGAUGAAGAAAAGGAAUUGGCGAUUCAUUUGACUCAGCAGUCUGAUUCUCAGGCUGAAGAGAUUGAAAAGCUCAAAUUACAAAUAUCUUCUCUUCUAGAGACUGGAAAACAUGCAAAAGUGAAUUUUGAAGAAAGUAAUUCUAAAAUUGAGAAGUUUGAAAAUGAAAUUGCAAAACUUAAAUCUGUAAAUGAAAGCUAUCAGCAAGAACUGGAGAAAGUGACACUGGACAAGAAAACACUCGAGAGUAGCUUUGAGGAAUUGAAGUCUAAUUACUCAGCUUUGGAAUGUGAUUAUACUGAGUUGAAGCAGAGUUUAGAUAAAAUAGAAUCUGAGAAAAAACAAUUGAUAUCUGUGAACGAGGAUUUAUCUAAAGUGGCAGAAGAAAAGAAUAAAUUAUUACAAGAACUUGAAGAAUUUCAUACAAAAGAAAAGGAAGCCAUUCAAAAAAUGAAUGAGAAUUUGAAAACUGAAAUGGAGGCAUUGGAGUCUGACAAAAACCAUCUUCAAAAUGUCUAUGACCAAACAGUUCAGAGUUUGUUGGAUAACCAAGAGAAAUUGCAUAAACUAAAUGAAGAGCAUUUAGCGUUGGAAGAUCAUUUUAAGGUUCAGAGUGAAGAAUUUGUUCAAAUGAAGAAAGAAUUUGAAGAAAGUAAGGAAGCAUCUUUGAAAACAAUAGCAGAUUUAGAGAAGUCAUUGCUUGAAGUAGAAUCGAAUGCCUCUUCUGAAAAAGCGAGCAUGAAUAAAGAAGUUCAAGAACUUUUGGCAAUGAAGGAGUCCUUAUUGGUUAAAAUUGAAGAGCUUUCUCGUAGCAGUGGUUCUGGUGAAGCACAGCUUUUGGCAUCGAGAGAAGCAGUAUCUCAGGUGUUAGGUAAAGCCAAUGAUGAGCUGGAAAGUUUCAAAGAACUUUGGUCAAUUGAGAAAACUGAACUUUGUAAUAAAAUCAGAAGUUUGUCUGCUGACCUUGAGAACUCACAGCAGGAAAAGAAUGGUUUGCAACAGGAGAGAGGGCGUUUGCAACAGGAGAGAGGGCGUUUGCAACAGGAGAACGAAAGAUUGCAACCAGAGAAUGAAAGACUGCGACAUGAAAUGAAUGAUUUUCAAAAAACGAUAGAACAAUUGCAUCAUGAAAACUUAGGAUUGCAACAUCAAAAGGAGGAGCUGCAAUAUGAAACGGAGAAUUUCAGAGACAAGAACAAUAGUUUGCAACAUGGAAAGGAUGGCAUGCCGCAGGAGAGAGGAAGUUUGCAACAAGAGAUAAUUGAUUUGCAAGAUUUGCAACUGGAAAAGAAUAGCUGGCUGCAAGAGAAAGAAAGUCUACAACAAGAGUGCGAAAAUUUACAACGAGAGAAAGAUACCCUGUUGCAAAAGAACACGAAUCUACAGCAAGAGAAAAACUUUUUGUUACAAGAAAAUACAAGUUUACAACUGAAAGAAGAACAGCAGGUUUCUAAAAUUGAUUUGGUGGCUGAGAACCAGGGUUUGCAGUCAAAGGAAAAGAAGGGUUUUGAAAAUGAGGAUUUGCAGUCAGAGGAAAGGAAAGGUUUUGAAAACGAGGGUUUACGAUGGGACAAUGAUGAUCUACAACCGCAUCAACAAGAACUACGACUAAGUUGUCUACAGGCUUCAGUUGUACAGACAUGUGAAGCAAACCCUCGUGUUCCGGAAAGUUUUGUAUCCAAGGAUUUAGGGAGCCACACUGCGAAACGUCAGAGUGUUGAAGUGCCUUUAGAGAAAUUCAGAGAAGAGUGUGGUACCACUGUUGGCAGUAGCAAAGGUGAAGGCAGUGGCAACACCUUUGUUAAUGGAACUGAGACCAGCCUCAGUGCUGUGGAUACUUUGGAAAACUACAAAGAGCAGUUAGAGAUGAUGGCUGAGAAAUAUGAAAUGGAGUUGAAGUAUGUUCGCCUGAACAUUCUGUCUGAGUUAGCUGAGGAGAAGGAAAACUUUGAGAAGGAAGUUGAACAGAGAUACUGUUUGAAGUUGGAAUCCGUAAAGGCAGAAAAUGACCGAAUGUUUAUCGAGAAUCUUCAGCAGGUACGUUCUGACCUCGAGCUCAAGCACAAGCAAGAGCUGAAUGAGUUACGUGUAAGUGUAAUGAAGGAAUGCCAGUCUAUGUCUCCACAGGAGCUGGACACUAAGUUGUAUGGUAUAAUGCAUGACUUGCAUGCCGAGAACCAGCAAUGCAUGCAUGGGAAAACAGAUGUAAAACAACACUUGCUCCACCACAGAGAUUUGGCUGAGAAACUGGCUGAGUCUCGAGACUCUCUGCUGAAACAGAUUGAACUCCUAAACACCCAGUAUGAGCAGAUACAAGAAGAACACUUCUCUUUAUGGAGUAAGCGUUCGAAAAAACCGAUGUCUUCAUCUCCAAGAGCAAAGCGGAAAUUUGACACCUUGCCUCAGGACAUAGAGUCAGCGUCCCGAAGUCUGGUGGAAAUCAGCCAAGCGAAGGGUUGUUUUGACAACGAAGAGAAAACCUGCACAAAGCUGGAUUGCCAAGGCUACCGCAAACGUUACGAAAUAGCCCUGAAAAUUUUAACGGAGAAAGGACUCACUUCAUUGGACAAUAUAUCAGAAAAAUCAUCAUUUGAAGUAGAUUCUUUGGAUGGUUCAGCAAGCAUGGGAGACCAACCAAGAGAGGAGCUGUCCAUGGAGCUCCAAGAUGAAUACAAUGAACUCAUGGAACGGACUGUUACUGAACCUGUGCUUAGUUCCACUUUCCAAAGGAAAAGCAGUCCUGAGCUGCAAUGCCCCAACUGUAUCAGUUUAGCAGAAGAGAGACUGUCUUUGAAAAAACGUCUAAGUACUCAACUUGAACUUUUUGGUAAAGAACGCUUCCAUCUUCUGAGUCGGUGUGAGAACCUCUCCAAUGAACUGGAGAAUGUCCAACUGACUCGGGACCAGCUGCAGACCGAGUUGAAUAUCACAAAGGAAGUCCAACGGGGACAAGACAGACAUCCGUCUGAGGUGGAGCUGACAGAUAUUAAAGUGAAACUAGCCAACACUGAAGACCAAGUAGUGUUCUAUCAGAAUAAACUAAGUCAGUCUGAGGUUGAGCAUCAGGAGUUGAAAUCAAAGAUAAACGAGCUGUUUGUAAAAGUGAUUGACCAGCAGCAUUAUAUUAAUAAUCUUGAAGAAGAAUAUUCUAGAUCUCGUGAUGGCUGGAACCACAAAGGAACAAUGACCUCUAUGGACAAUGGUAAAAUUGAGUUGGCUCCUGUAGGGGGCCGUCGUCAUUCAGAACCAAAUAACAAUGUCCGUGACGUAGAUCAUGAAAUGGAACAUCAUCAUCCAAUACCACAACAUUUGUCUCAGUCCAGCAAUAACAUUUCCUUAGAAUCCAAUUUCGCCAACAUUCCACAGAUGCCAAGUCUGAAAUCCCCCAAAUCUGAUCGUGAGACAUCCCCAGAUUCUUUGAAUAAGUCCUCACUGUCUGAUAAUUCAAGUCCGGCAGGGGAUAGAGACAAUUGGAUUAACUAUCAUUCAGAGCAUUCGAAUAGAAAUAACUCCAGUCCAGCCCUGAACCAAAGUGAUAGAUACAGUGACAGCCUUGCGUCUCCGCCCAAAUUAACCAGAUCGACACAGUCUAGUCCGUCUUUGUUGUUACUGAAUAAAGAAUUUCGUGAGUCUGAAAAAAUCCUGUCUGAGUUUCAACUAGAUCAAGGAGACUUCUUAUUUGUUCAAGACAAACAAAUUGAACUUAUUGAUGAGAUAGCGGAGUUGAAACGGUCACUUUUACAAAGUAAAGAGGACCAUGUCAAAGAGAUAGCCACCAUAAAGGAGAAAAUUGACCGCUUUAAAAAAGUGAAAGGACUUUGUGAUACUCAGAAUUUGUUAGAUAUUUUGGACAGCACUGAUACCAUUUCUCUUUCUGUUGAUGUUGUUGACCUUCGAGAAAAAGUUUCAUUGCUUCGAGAAACCUGUAACAGAUUGACAGAAGACAACAAGGAUCUGCAGAAGAAGCUGUAUAAUCAAGAGUGUCUUGUGAUGAAGGCGAAAAUGCUACAGACGAAUCCGAAACAUUCUGUGACUGCUGAAGAUUUAGAGACAUCUUUUGGCAGCCAACUAUUGCUACUUCAGAAACAUCGUGAUGAGCUUGCUGACAAACUCAGUGAAGAAAGACUACUUGAGAACCAAUUCACAGAAGUUGUAGCAGCCAAAACCAGCCUUGAUGAGCAUCUCCAUCGAGAGAAGGAACAUGUCCAGCAACUGACUGAAAAAGUACAGAUAGCUGAGGCUGAAUUGUCCAGCAAGAAGGCUGAGUGUGAUUAUAUGUUGCAGCAGCAGUUGCGGCUGGAAGAACUCAUCAGAGACAAGGAGGAGGUGGAAAAACAACUGAUGUCGGAGAAGUUCAUCCUUGAAUCCCAACUGACACAGACAAACUAUGAACUGGAGACAAAAGAGAGACAUCUUCGGGACAUAGAACAACGCGUAAACAAAUGUGCCAGCGAGAUCAGUCCAGAGACAGGUGUCACUGCUGGCAAUGACAAUCAACUAAAUGAUAUAGAACUGCAAGAGAAGUUUACACAAGAACUUAACGAAGCCAAAUUAGUUAUUGAGAAACAGAACAUUGACAGGUUGGAAGCUCUGCGCAAGGACAUGGACGAACAUCACAAGCGUGCUGUGGAGUACCUACGCCAGCAACUGCGCAGCGACUUCAGCAUGCGGGAAUCCCGCCUUGAGGAACAUCAUUCAGCUCAUGUUGCCAGUCUUCAUUCCAUCCACGCAGAACAGCUUCAAAGUUUGAAGGAUGAAUAUGAAAGGCAAAUGGAAGAUUUGAAACAAGAAUUCUAUGACGAACGGAUUAAACAUGUUAGAAGCAAUACUAGUGAGAGUCAGGCCAGUGGCAGCAGCGAGAUGGACGAGGGAUCUAAUGGAGCUGUUGACAAUAAACAGGAGCAGAUUCUGGAUGAACUGCGGAAGGACCUUACAGAGGACCAGCAGCACAAACUGGAGCUGGUCAUCUCACAGAUUGUCAAACAGCAUAAAGCACAUCUUGACCAACUCACAUCACACUACAAGGAUGAACUUAACCUUCGUAUCAAAGCCACCCGGCUCACUGCUGAGCAACUGCACAAGUCCGAAGCUGAGUUGAUGAAAGCAGCUUUGGAGGAGAAAAAACAGAAUGAAUUGGCUGAACUUCGUGAUAUUUUAGCACGGUACCACAAUGAGGAAACUGACCGGCGUGAGGGAGAGUGGUCAUCUCAUUUAGAGAGGCUCCGUCAACAGUACGACUAUCAGCUGGCAAUUGGUCAAGAACCUGCUCCAAAAGGUGCUGUGGGAACCCUGGAGGGUGCAACCCUUGUAACAGAACUCACCAAACGCUUGAAUGAUGAACACAAGAAGUUGAUAGAGGCGUUUGUAGGUAUGGGAAAACCCUCUUUAGGACUCAAGUGGCUGGCCGUGUCUUCGGUCACUGAACCGUGGAUGAGUUCAUUUUUCGAUAUCAUCGUCACAGACCAAGACGUGAACCACCUCAGGGAGGUAAUUUCUAAAGACUUGGUAGCACCCUCCAACAGUCAAACACCACCUGAAGACAUAGUCAACUGUCCGUCACGCUCCAUCACCUCCGCCACACCGAUCGACUCUCAUGGCGACAGUGGUGGUGGCAGAGACACCAGCGGAGCAGCGGAUGCCAGCACAAGCCACUGGCGCUUGAACGACUCCAACAGCAACAGCGGAGACGCCAUCUACAAGUGUCUGGAAGAACAGAAAGACGAGAUCUUGUUGUUACGAUCGCGGAUCUUGCGAGAGUAUGAGCAACUGUUGAAAGCCAGGACGGACUCGAUGGUUACGGAAUCAUCGAAGGACAUCUUCAAUCUUCAGGACGAGAUCGAUGCUCUGCAACAGCAACAUGAAAUACAGAUCUCUACUAUGAGACAGGGAAUCGGCAAGAGAAUGUCUGCUGAAUAUACAGGUGAGAGUUCUCUGUCUCAGAGUUUAGAUGAAGACCAACGCCAAACCCUGAGUAAGCUGCUUUCUCACUAUGAAACCAAAGUUCAUUCAAUUGAAGAGCGUUUCAAUCACCACAUGGGCAAGCUGAAAUCUCAAAUUGAACACGACCUCUCGGCUAGUUUUGGGGACUUCUCUGGAGAAUUGGAUCAGGACUUGAGCUUUGGCAAAAUGUCACUGAACAAGACUGGUCGGUUUCCUCAGCUUGCUCACCAAACUCAUCAAUUCGCGGAGUUUUCUGCUUCCAGUGUAGAGCAGCAUGUCCCAGUGGAUUCUCAGAUUGUUGCAGAAGAAGCCUAUGUCUUAAAUGAUUCAAAUAACUCCUCAUUAGUCAGAAGCAGCAGUGAUGAAGCAGUGAUGCGCAGUGGCACCGAUGAACACAGAUAUGUCAGUAAUGUCAAUAGUGCCACAGAUGUGAAAACGUUUCAGGAGGAACUCGACCAUUUGCAGAACCAGUAUGCAGAGAUUGCUGCGUCUGAGUCACACUUGCCCAAGGACAAAGCAGAGAUGACUUCUGUCCAUGAGAAAGUGCUGAAAGCACAAGAACAACUUCUUGAACAGGAACACAAGCUAGAAAUGGAUGCAUUGCAGUCAGAGUGUGACAUCAAGCUGCAAGUUGAGCUGAAAAAGCAGGCAAUCGAGCUUUUGACAAAAUUCCAGGCUGGGUUGCAGAGUAACGACCAAGGUAAGAUGACCCUGAAGCGUUGCGAUUCCUUCGAGAGGGAACUUGUCAAACGCACAAUGACAGACGGCCAGUUUGACAGUUACGAUGCGAGUGACAGCAAUCAGAACAGAGCAGGCGCUAAGAAAGAAAGACUGGGGGUCCCUUUCUUGUCUUCAGUUCUGGGUUCGAGAAAUAAGCAAGACAACAGCAACAGUCUUGUGGCUGACCAUGAAGCUCGAAUUGCUUCAAUGCAGGCGGAGUUUGAGCAGCGUUUGAAGAAGCUGCGGAAAGAGCUGACAGAACUUGGUGAGAAGGAGAAACGAGAGAUAACGACGAAAUUUAAAAACGAAAUAGCAAACUUGGAAAGUCAGUUGUCAGACAAUGAAGAGAAAUAUGAAAAUUUGAUGGAUGAUCUUCGCAGUGGCAAAAUCCCAGAGGUUGCACAGUUGAUGCAUGAAAAAUAUGAUUCAGAGCUAGAAUUUGCCAAAACUUUAAUGCAACAGGAAUUUGAUGAAUCCCUUGAAGGAGAACAGUUUCGGUUAAAAGAACAUCAGGAGAAGCAGAUAGAAGAGUUGUUGUGCGAAAAGACCAAGGAGAUGAAGGAACUGCAGCAGAAGUACGAAGGGAAUCUUGCUCUGUUGCAAGAAACUUUGAAACGUUACGAAGAUCACACCAGUGCCAAAGACGAUACAGACAACAGCAAUGUUGGCAACAAACAACAACAACAACAACAACAACAGCAGCAGCAACAGCAGCAGCAACAGCAGCAGCAACAGCAGCAGAAACACCAGGACGAGCAGCUGAGGUCUCUACGUCAGCAGCUUGAAGAGAAAGACAAAGUAAUUGAAGCAGAGAGGAAGUCCCUUCAAGAGAACUACAACCAGGAACUGGAGAAACUUCGAGAGAAAUAUGAACUGAAGUUGGGUGAACAACAAAAACACCUGACUGAAAACCAUGAUGACCAGCUGUCUGCAAUGGUCAUACAUUCCGAUGCGAUAAAGUCAGAACUGGAUGAAGCUCACCAAGCAGAACUGGAACAAGUCCGAGAGCAACUUAGCAGCAAACACUCAAAGAUGAUGGACAAUCUAAACAAGAAGCAUCAAAUGAACAUUGAAGAGUUGGAGAGACAAUUUCAGGUCAAAAUUGAAGAGUUGGAGAUAAGACAUCAGUUGGAAGUCGAAUGUCUGAAGAAGGAAAUGGAAAGCCCUGAUGCCAAAGAAGAACCCUGCAUCUCGACAACCAAUGUUGGUAUCCAACUACAGCAGCAGCAGCAGUCAGUCUCGAAAGAUGAGAACACUGACCCAACUGGCCGUGAUGUCAUUGAGGCACCAUUGAGCAAGUCGUAUGCUGAUAUUGUCAAGAGCUCUCUUCCUGAACCAGAACCAGUCUCCCAAACUCAGUCAACUCACCAUAAGUAUCACGACAUCAUUGUGCCUCAAAGAUCUGGUCAACUUCAGCAGUGUCAACUGGUUGCUGACCAUGUGGUUCCACAGGAAAGUGGAGUUGUUCAAUCGUCUCCAUCGAAACAAGUGACCAAAAAGGAAAUAUAUGAAGAGACCAAUAAGCAGCUGUUACAACACCUGUCCAAUUUAGUGCGGACUUACCUGGACAUUGAAGACUCCAUAAACAAGAAGCUGAGCCAGGUGUUGGCUGACAGUAAAAAUGCGUCCGAGAGAGGGUCUCGCUCAAACCACCUGGGCAUUCCACAGUCUACCUCAGACAAUGAUUCUAGUCUGUCAAAACGGCAGAAACGUCGCUACAAAUCAGCUGAACGACUCGAUCUUGGCAAUUGGGUCCUGGAGAACCCUUCCAACGUGUCACACGAGCCCACUCGAUGGAUCCCAUCCAUCCGUUUACCACUAACCAACACAUUUCAAAGAAAUAUAAAGUUUCUAAAAUGCUACGCUCACCGUUUGAAGAAAACAGAAAAGAUGAUUUGCACACUGCCAAUACAGGAUCAAGCAACGCAGAUGAAGGUUUGGUACUCUCCCAGCAGUUUGGCAGUAAUAUCUUCUCUGGGCCUGGUCUGGACAGCGAUAGUGAAGAAUUGAUUAGUGAUACAAGCAACCGUAUUCAGACCUCUAUCAUGCGUCUUCUGGAGAUGAUGGAGGAGACAACUCAACAGUUGUUGGACUCCAAGAGCGUCCAACAAGAACUGAUGGAUACGUUAAACAUGAGAGAUAGUGAGGCCCAGGA